AAACUGGGACUAGCAAUGUCGCAAGAAAAUAUGGCGGACGUAGAAAUUAAAACAAGCGAUGGAGAAAAUUCGCCGGAAAAAAGGGAAACAGAUGAGCAAAUGAACGUAGAUCAAGAGCCUGAAUUAGACAAUUUUGCGAAGGCUGAUGCUAAAAAACAAGAAGGAAACAGUGAAUAUAUCCAGAAACGCUAUGAAGCUGCCGUUAAAUUGUACACGGAAGCUAUAGAGCUGGCUCCCACCUUAGUUACAUAUUAUGGGAAUCGUUCAGCAGCAUACAUGAUGAUUGGGAAUUAUGACAAGGCUUUAGAAGAUGCUCAGACUGCCAUCAAGACUGAUGAGAACUUUAUGAAGGGUUAUUCGAGAGCUGCUAAAUGUCACCUUGUCAUGGGAUCCAUUGGAAAUGCUGUAAACUAUCUGCAAAAGGUUCUUGAGAAAGAUCCAGAAAAUAAAGAUGCUCAAAACGAUCUACGCACAGCAACAAAAGUUCAAGGUUAUGAGGCGUCUGCAUUUAAAGCUCAUGAUGAGGAGGAUUACAGAAAGCUUAUCUAUUACUUGAAUCACAUCCUCGAAGAUUGUCCUGCUUGUGCACUUUACAAAGUAAUGAGAGCAGAAGCUUAUUGCCAGAUGGGGAAAUACAGCGACGCAUUAACAGAUGUCCAAAAUAUCAUAAUAGAUGACCCAUUGAAUUCAGAUGCACUUUAUGUGAAAGGGCUCUGCUUAUACUAUCAGGACCAUGUUGACAAAGCGUUCCAACAUUUCAAUCAAGUUUUAAGGAGAGAUCCAGACCACAAGAAAGCAAGACUGGCACUGAAGAAAGCGAAACAUUUACAAUCCAAGAAGCAAGAGGGAAAUGAGGCUUUCACCGGAGGAAAAUAUCAACAAGCUUAUGACAUCUACUCCGAAGCAUUAACAAUUGACCCACGCAAUAAAUCAACAAAUGCCAAGCUAUGUUACAACAGAGCGCUGGUCUGCUCCAAGCAAAACCAAACAGAGAAAGCCAUUGAGGACUGCAGUCAAGCUGUAGAAUUGGACCCCACCUACCUUAAGGCUUAUAUCAAGAGAGCGAGAUGUUACAUGGAAACAGAAAAAUUCGAAGAAGCCGUUCGAGAUUUCGAGAAAGUGUGUAAAAUGGACCGAUCUCGAGAAUAUCGACGUCUGCUGGAAGAAGCAAAAAUGGCUUUGAAAAGGAGUAAAAGAAAAGAUUACUACAAAAUUUUAGGGAUUGCCAAGGGCGCUACUGAAGAUGAAAUAAAGAAAGCUUAUAAGAAAGAAGCACUUAAACAUCACCCAGAUCGGCACUCUGGGGCAACAGAAGAAGUCAAGAAAAGUGAGGAGGUGUUAUUCAAAGAGGUGAAUGAGGCAUACAGUGUGUUAUCAGACACCAGGAAAAAGGCCAGAUAUGACUCGGGUCAGGAUCUCGAAGACGGUCUUAUGAUGUCAGAUAUCGACCCUAAUUCUAUAUUUCAAGCAUUCUUUGGUGGGUCAGGAUUCAGUGGCUUUAACUUCGGAGGACCAGGAGGUGGCGGUUUUUCAUCAGGAGGAUUCCCCGGUGGUUUUCAGUUUACAUUUGGUUAACUUCUAUAUUUGCCAUCUACCAUUAUCCACAAAUAUAUCUCAAAAAUGUUAUGCUGACAACACCACACGAUCGAGCCAUCUUUUUCGCAAUGGUGACAUAAUUUCUCGUACAAGGAGUCUUAGUUAAAACUCCAGCGACACGCAGUUUUGCAUCGAGGUUGACAAUGGCGGACAAUUUGUUGGAAGGAGAGAGAGCCAAGACAAGAAAUCACGUGUUAAUCAACUGUAAAGUAAACUGUUUCCCCCUCCCCUCUCUUUACUCCCUUUCCCCUCGCCCCCCUUUUCAUUCACACCUCAGAUGUUGGCUUAAUCCACGAAACAAACAGCGUGUAUUGAAUGUUAACUUAAUUUGCAACGCUUUCAAUAGCAUCUUUUGUAGAAAUUGGCAGAACGAAUCGACAAACGUAGAUUUAAUUAAUCUCCAUGAUCUCUAGGAAUGUAUCCAAGUAUUUUUAGAAUUUCUAUUUUUUAUUUCUAAAACUUAAUCCUUUUACUCCUAAGAUUUAAAUCUCAAUUCUCCACACUGUUUGCCAUGCAUGUCUUUAACUGUAGUUCUGAGAAUUUGAUGUUAAAUCAAACAGUAUCCAAUUUUUUUCAGCCUUUUGACAACCGUUCUGCGGAACAAAGUAAUGACAUGAUUGGGAGAAAAUGAUGUGAUCUCCUCCGGUGAAAGGGUUAAUGAAUGUUCUUUCUAAGUUUACUGAGUGUUUCAAAAAUAUUAAAAGUGAGUGUUUAUAGUUAUAGAUCAGUUCUAUGAAAGCAUUGUUUUGCAGAUGGCUGAAAAAAGUAUUUUGUCAUAGAUAGAUACUGGUAAAUAAAAACUGGAGUCAUAA